AAGAAAAGAAAAGAAAAGAAAAGAAAAGAAAAGAAAAGAAAAGAAAAGAAAAGAGAAAAGAAAAGAAAAGAAAAGAAAAGAAAAGAAAAGAAAAGAAAAGAAAAGAAAAGAAAAGAAAAGAAAAGAAAAGAAAAGAAAAGAAAAGAAAAGAAAAGAGAAAAA